AUGAGCUUGCUUCCCAAUGAUCAACGUCAACUGCUGCACAAGUGUCUAUUGAAAUACGUGCGUAAUUAUGCUCCAAAAUCCGGCCCAGGUUCUGUUCCUGGUGAAGGAAUGGCGGACGAAGACGUCGUGAUGAGCAGUUUGGCGAAAUGGCUCGAGGUUGAUCUCGAAAGUUUGGACGACAAAGAACGACCUGUAGACGCAUCUUUACUGCCGAGGAAAUGGAAUUCUAUCGUGCGACUACAGCGCAGAAUCAUAGAACUCGAAAAACAUAUACAAGAGCUGACAGAGGAAAACGAGAUCUUACUGGAAAACGGGCCUGUGUCACUUGCUAAUAAAUCCUCCUUGACGUGGAUUCCUCGAGAACAAAGCAAAUUGACUAUCAGCUGUGGUGCCCCUGUGUCCAGCGUCAAGCUCCAUCCGGAACUCCCGCUGCUUUUCGUCGCUACAGACACCGGAAAACUGCAAUGCUACGACUUAAUGAAUCAUUCCAUGCCUAUAGCCUCGCUGCAAGCACACAUGCGUGGAAUUACCUCAAUCGAUGUUCAUCUGGGCGAGGGUUCCGAAUGCUACGUCGUCACCACCUCCAAAGAUCUCUACUGUAAGGUAUUUCGGCUCAUGGACUCCCAACUACAUCCAAUUCGAAGCCUGGCAGGCCACGAACAUGUCGUUUCACAGGUGUGUAUGUGGAAGCAUGGCACCGACACUCUCGUGGCUACGUGCUCGCGAGAUAUGACCUGCAAAGUUUGGGAUGUGGCGAACGGGUGGUGUCUGAAAUCAUUUCAGCCGCACGGAGAGUGGGUGCGAUCGCUUGAUAUCGCGGGCGACUACGUGGUGACGGGCUCAAACGACUGUACCGUUAGACUUUCUCAUUGGCCUUCUGGAAGGGGACUUUCUUUCGGGUUUGGCCACACGUUUCCAAUAGAGCGGGUCAAAAUUAUACCGAUGCUUAGGUCAACCGAUAAUACAGACGAGCAACAAAACAAAUACAAUACCUUGAAUCAAGAAUAUGCCGAUCUUGGGUUUUCGCACGUAAUUACUGCCUCCAGAGACAAUAGUAUACGCAUUUGGCAGGUACCUUUACCGAAAAUCGUUGCUCACAGGCCACCACAACCGGAUCUAACUCGACAACAUUUUACUUUAAUUACAACACUACAGGGGCACACGUCUUGGGUUCGAGACCUAUGCAUAAGAGGCAAAUAUUUAAUAAGCUGUGGUGAUGACCGCACCAUCAGAGUGUGGAAUCUCUCUACGGAUGAACUCGUCCGCGUAAUAAAUAGUGCACACGACGGAUUCGUGAAUUGCAUUCAUACAGACAGCGAUGGUCUGGUUAGACAAAUAAUGGCAUCUGGAGGCGCCGAUGGGAAAGUGAAAGUGUUUAUAAAAUGA